CAUCGUCCGGGGAAAGUCGACCCUCACCUUCCAUCCUCCUUCCAUCUCCCUCUCGUUUGUCCUCCCCGCCGAAUUUUCUCUUCCCAAUUGCAGCGAUGCGGUUGCCGGGGGCCUCGAGCCGUGCACUGAAGGGGGUCCGACCACCAUUGGCCCUCUUCCGCGACGCACCGAGACGUUCUCUUCAUACUCCGACGUACGACGCCGCGGUGAUCGGUGGUGGCAUAACCGGACUCACCACGGCCUACCGCCUUUCCAAGGAUCCGAAAUGCUCCAAAAUCACCUUGUACGAGAAGUCGAGUCAUUUAGGAGGCUGGUUACAGUCUGAGAAAAUCCCUUUCAAGGAUGGACAUGUGGUUUUUGAAUAUGGCCCGCGCACCUUGAGGACCGUGUUACCCAGCUGUCUCCCGCUGCUGGACCUGCUCGCCGAUCUGGACUUGUUGGACGACGUUCUCAUAACGCGCAAAUCCUCCCCCGCCGCCCUCAAUCGUUACGUCUACUACCCCGACCAUCUGGUGCGCCUGCCAGCGCCACACCCUUCGCGCAACGUGCUCGGCAAUAUCUGGUCCAUACUAAGGACCCUGCUCACUGAACCCGUGUUCAAGACCCUUUUCCAGGGCCUUUAUAAUGAUCUAAACCCUGAAGGUCCGCAAACAUUGAAAUCCGACGAAUCUAUUGCGGAUUUUGUCUCGCGCCGAUUUACGCCGGAAUUGGCCGAUAAUCUGGUCUCCGCGGUAGUCCAUGGAAUAUAUGCCGGUAACAUCGAUCGCCUUAGUGCAGACGCGAUCAUCCCAUUCCGCGAACAAAUACCCUCCACCCCAUUCGGAUUCAGUGUACUAGGCUCGGUACUAUGGGACCUUCGACAAGGGAACCGGCGGCUGGUCGUAGAUGACCAUCUAGCUUUACACGCCAUUCUUCAGGGAAAGCCGCAGAGCUACUUGAAGGAUUUAAGGAAUUUGAUCCGCGGGUCCAGUGUUCUGACUCUACGCAAUGGCCUCCACCAGCUCUCUGAUGCAUUGUUGACUGCGUUGACCAAGUCGAAGAAAGUAGACUUUCUGCCCGAGACAGAAGUCACGGCAGUUAACCGGAAUGCAGGCUCCUCCAAUAUAACGAUCACUCCUGGGCGCGGUGAAAGCCGCAUGCACAAUCGGGUGGUCUCCACGAUUCCCGCUCCUCAUAUCGCAAGGGCACUGCGCCAGACCGACGGGAACGGCCGCGGACUCCCACAAAAUACAAUUCAAAGUCUUGAGGAGCACAACUACGCAGUGACAGUGAUGGUGGUGAAUCUUUUCUAUGAGAACAAAGAUCUGCUUCCGGUGAGAGGCUUUGGCUACCUGAUCCCACGGUCAAUCCCCUUCGAACAAAAUCCGGAGAGGGGCCUGGGGGUGAUCUUCGGGACUGAGGCUAGUGUUGGCCAGGAUACGGUGGCUGGCACCAAACUCACGGUGAUGAUGGGCGGUCACUUGUGGGAUGGCUGGAAAGAAUCUGACUACCCAGAUCAUGAUACCGCCGUCGACAUGGCCCGCUCCUUGCUGGAAAGACAUCUGGGUAUCACCGACGCCCCGGCUAUCAGUCGUACCCGCCUGCAUCGGGAUGCUAUUCCUCAGUACACAGUCGGCCAUAUGGACCGCAUGAGAACACUUUCAGACUCUGCACGCCAAGAGUUCAACAACCGGUUGACCUUUGCCGGAAGCUGGUAUGGCGGUGUUGGAGUAGUCGACUGUAUCAGACAGGCAUAUUUGGCGGCGUCAUACGGCGUUGGCGCGCAGAAGCUCAGGCCUGACAGUACCGUCCAACCCUGGAAGAGCCUCGACUACAUGAGCUGGGAUCUGGAGGGUGGUAUAGUCACAUCGCCGAUCCGGCGGACGAAAAUCGCCCGGCCGCCUGCGUGAUGAGAUUACUAAUUAUUCUGUACCAUGUAAAUAACUAUAGCUUUCUGCAUUGAUGGUUGGGUCCUAUGGAUGGGUCUGCUCGAGACUGUCUGCCGUCUCCACCAAAUAUUCCUACAUUGGACAAGUCAAGACAAUGAAAAAAGAACGGAAAUAGACUUAGAUAUUCAUCCGACAAGCUGUAAAAAUCCACAUCGUAAAUCCCCUUCGUAAUUUCUCAUCUCAGGUCCUCACCCGGGAAGAUACUGGAGUCCGUUGCAAUAAAGCCGUCCUACACAGAUUCCGAGGGACAGCAGAACACUGGUUUGACGUGAUGAGGUGAUGUUUUCC